CAACAACAACAAGCUGAGGUCAGACAGGAAGUGCAUGUGAGAGAUAGGAAGUUAAGAGAAGAGAGAGAAGCUGAGGUUUCAAGAUCUGCAGGUGGAGGUCUGUGCCCUUUGAACCCCUGGAGGAGGCACGCCGAGGCUGAUAACGAAGACUCUGACAGAGACCAAGAGGACAGCCAUGUUUUCAGCCAGACCAGAGAUCCAGCCGUAAAAGACAAGAGGCGGUCGCCCCCCUCCAGCAGAUCCCCCUCGGCCCCCCAACGCAACCCUCACCACAGCGCCUCCACAGACGAACAGGAGAGCCCCGAGAGAGUGGUGCAGAAGGAGAAACUCCAUGCAGAGCUGAAACAGGUGUUGAGUCAGAAGAGAAGUCACCUGAGAGAGUCGACCUGCCAACUGGCCCAACCAGAGAUGGACUCAGAGCCUGCAGACCAACAGACAUGUGUGGAGGAAGCCCUCCAGUCCCUGGAGAUCGUGGUGGAGACGGAGGCGGAGGCUGGAGCCAGCGGCUACAGUGUGACUGGUGGAGGACAGAGAGGGAUCUUUGUUAAAGACGUCCUCAGAGACUCACCUGCUGCCAAACACCUCAGUCUACAGGAAGGUGACCAGCUGCUGAGUGCCAAAGUCUACUUUGACAACGUGAAGUAUGAAGACGCUCUGAAGAUCCUGCAGUGUGCUGAGCCGUAUAAGGUCAGCUUCCAGCUGAAGAGGACCAUCCCGGGGUCAGAGGUCAGCGUGCGGCCUCGAGUUCCCAGCGUGGAGGUCAAAGGUCCCAAAGCCAAGAUGGCCAAAAUGAGUGUGAAGGGCAGCAAGCAGUUCAAGGCCAAGAAGAAGAGAGGGGGUCGUUUUGGUCUGAAGAGGCUGAAGGAGAAGCGCCGGGAGGAGCUGGUGAUCGAGGGAACGCCGCCAAGGCUGGAGAUGAGCGACGUAGACGUGGAGUUUUCUCUCCCCAAAUUCAAACAGAGGAGGAGCCCGAAGGUCGAAGCAGAAGGAGCAGCAGGAGGAGCAACAGUGACGAAGGCGAAGAGGAGGAUCAGGUUUCCCCACAUGAAAACGAAAGCUUACACUGGAGAAGACGCGAGAGGAGAAGUGGAAACAGGACGCCUGGAGGGGCAGGUGAAUAUCUCUUCACCUGACGUACCUGGAGCUAAAGUGAAAACCAAAGUAAAAGGACACAAAUUUGGAAUCAACUUCCCUAAAACCAAACACACAGUGAAGUCAGGCUCUGCUUUAGAAACUGGAUCCGUGGAGCUGAAGCCGCCCGGGGUGAACGUCCAGCCGCCAUCAGUGGAAUUCAGUUUGUGUGGUGAUAAAAGCGUCGAUGCGCCUGAUGUGGAGUUUUCGCUCCCUUCGGGGAAAGCUGAAGCCUCGUUGCCCACUGUGAAAGGAAAGGCAGAGAUCAAACCUCCUAAAAUCGAUAUCAAAGGUGGAGCUGACGCAGCUGUGGGGAAAGUUGAUGUCGAUGUAGGCAAAGGAGACGCUAAGCUCAGAAUGCCAAAGUUGAAACUGCCCAAAGUUAGACUCUCACGUCAUUCAGAUGAGAUAGACGGUGACAUCAAGGUGAAAGCCAAAGGUGUGAAAGUGCCUGACAUAACACCUCCAAAAGUAGAAACCAAAGGAGGGGGAGAGAUUAGUCUCCCCGAGGUAAAUAUCAACAAACCAAAGAUGGAAGUUGAUCUCUCAGGAAAAGCUGCAAAUAUUGAAAUGCCUUCUGUUGACAUUUCUUUACCAAAAGUGAAAGGAAAAACUGACAUGGACGUCUCGUUCCCAGAAUUCAAGGGAUCUGGGAAGACGGCAAUCAAAAUGCCUGCCAUUGACAUCUCUCUACCUGAUGUGGAUUUGGAAUUAGAUACCACACGCAGAAUUCCUGAUGAGGUCGAGGGUACUUUCAAAGGGCCCAAAGUCUCCAUGCCAAAGGUUGACAUCUCAUUGCCAAAGAUGGGAACAUCAAUCGAUGUUGAAGGUCCAGAAGGCGGAGGAAAAGUCAACCUGCCUUCUGUGGACAUCUCCCUCCCAAAGGUGAAAACAGACAGUCAAGAUGUGGAUAUGGACCUCUUCGUUGGUGGAGGGAACGGGAAGUUCAAAAUGCCAGAGUUUGACAUAUCUCUACCAAACAUUAAGUCACCAGAAGGAGAAGGUUUCAAGUUGCCCAAAGUCGACCUGACACUUCCCAAAGGCAAAGCAGGAACAGCUGAUAUUGAAGGAGGAGGAAAAUUUCAGUUACCAUCAUUGGAUGUCUCCCUCCCUAAAAUGAAGACGGGUGAGGUUGCAGUAGACAUCGGAGGCCCUGAAAUGAAAGGUGGAAAAUUUGAAAUGCCCAAACUUGACAUUUCUCUGCCCAAAGGCAAAAUGGAAGGAGACAUUGAAGUAGAAGGUCAUGCCGGGAAGGGAGGAAAAUUCAAAAUGCCUACAUUUGAUGUUUCUCUACCAAAGCUGAAACAGCCAGAGGGUCACAUGAACAUUGAGACACCUAAGCUUGAGGGCGAGGGUACGAUCGAAAUGCCUUCUCUUGAUGUAACGAUGCCUAAAGGAAAGAUGGAGGGUGACAUUGAAAUGGAGGGUCCAAAUGUUAAAGGAGGGAAGUUUAAAAUGCCCUCGCUUGACGUCGGACUCCCUAAAAUGGGGACAUCUGGGGCUGAGGUUGACUUUCAAGGACCUGAGAUUAAAGGAGGGAAAAUUGAGAUGCCAUCAGUUGACUUUUCUCUACCAAAAGGUAAAUCCAAGGGUGAGGUUGACAUAGAGGGAAAGGGAGGCAAGUUUAAGAUGCCUACAUUUGAUGUAUCGCUACCAAAGAUGAAGAUGCCAGAGGGAGACGUUGUUUUGGAGGGACCUGAAAUCAAAGGUGGAAAAAUUAAGAUGCCUUCUGUCGAUAUCUCUGUUCCCCAAGGAAACAUAGAGGGGGGAGGCAAAAUCAGCAUGCCCUCUGCAGACAUUUCUCUGCCAAAAAUGAAGCUACCUGAAGGAGACGUGAAGCUAGAAUGCCCCGAACUUCCAGGUGUUGACUUUUCACUCCCCAAAACAAAUGUGGAGGGAAAUCUAGAGCUUGAGGGUAGUGGUGGUAGUGGAGCCAAGUUCAAGAUGCCAACUUUUGACAUCUCCCUCCCGAAGAUGAAAACCAAGGAGGGAGAGUUGGAUAUUGAAGGACCUGGAGUCAAAGGAGGAACAAAGUUCAACAUGCCAUCAUUCGACAUCUCUCUUCCUGCUAUGAAAUCACCAGAGGGGGAGGUCAAGAUCGAAGGUCCUGAAGCCAAAGGUGGAAAGGUCCAAAUGCCUUCUUUUGACGUGUCACUACCAAAAAUCAAAUCAAAAGGAGGUGACGUUGACAUUGAAGGUCCUGACUUUAAGGCAGAUUUAGACCUAAAGGGAAGUGACAUUAAAGGAGGGAAAAUAAACAUGCCUACAGUUGAUAUCUCUCUUCCAAAAGGAAAAGCAGAGGCUAAGAUAGAUGUUGAGGGUAAAGGAAAAGGAGGCAAGUUUAAGAUGCCUACAUUUGAUGUAACACUACCAAAGGUGAAGAUGCCUGAGGGAAAUAUUGGCCUUGAGGGACCAUCGGUUGAUGUUUCUCUUCCUAAGGGGAAAGUAGCAGGUGACAUAGAAACCAAAGGUAAAGGAGGACAUUUUCAUAUGCCCUCAAUUGAUGUUUCUCUCCCAAAAAUGAAAUCAAAGCGAGGUGAUGUCAACAUCGAAGGACCAGAAAUCAAAGGUGGAGAAAUUAAAAUGCCAACUAUUGACAUUUCACCCCCUCAAGGAACACUUGAAGGGGACAUCACUGUCGAGGGCAAAGGAAAAGGAGGCAAAUUUAAUAUGCCAUCUGUAGACCUCCCUGCAGUAAAAUUCCCUGAAGGAGAUGUGACGUUUCAAGGGCCGAAAGUGAAAGGUUUGAAAUAUGAAAUGCCAAAAAUCGAUCUCUCGCUUCCUAGAGGAAAAGCACAGGGAGACAUCAAUAUUGAUAUUCACUCUGGAAAAGAUGGGAAUAUUGAAAUACCAUCUGUUGAUAUUGGACUUCCUAAAGGACAAGUCAAAGGUCCUGAGCUAAAGGGAGGAAAAAUCAACAUGCCGGACAUUGACCUGUCACUUCCCAAAGGAAAAGCUGACGUCAGUAUUGCGGGCCCUGAGGUGAAAGGAGGCGAAUUCAAAAUGCCAAAAUUUGAUGUUUCACUUCCAAAGAUGAACCUGCCAGAGGGCGAUGUCAAACUGGAAGGACCAGAGAUGAAAGGAAAAAUGGAAAUGCCAACAGUUGAUUUUUCACUUCCCAAAGGAAAACUAGUGGGAGAUGUUGACAUUGAAGGAUCAGGUGGUAAAGGAGGCAAGUUUCAAAUGCCUUCAAUUGAUAUCACUCUUCCUAAAGUCAAAACAAAGGGAGUUGAUGUUGAUGUUCAAGGACCUGAAGUCAAAGCUGACAUGUCACUCCCUAAAAUUAAGUCCCCAGAGUUAGAUAUCAGCCUUGAAGGUCCUGAUAUUAAAGGGGGAAAGUUUAACUUGCCAACUGUUGACAUUUCACUCCCCAAAGGAAAACUUGAGGGAGACCUUGAUGUUGAGGGUCCUGAGUUGAAGGGCGGUAAAUUUAAAAUGCCAAAGUUUGAUGUGUCUUUACCAAAAGUAAGCCUCCCAGAGGGUGUUGUCAAGUUUAAAGGUCCAGACAUCAAAGAAGGGAAGAUUGAAAUGCCGGAUAUUGAUGUUUCACUCCCAAAAGGAAAAGCAGGAGGAGAAAUUGACAUUGAAGGACAGUCCGGAAAAGGAGGAAAGUUCCAUUUGCCCUCUAUUAAUAUCGGUCUUCCUAAAAUGAAAGCUAAGGGACCAGAAGUCAACAUAGAAGGUCCUGAACUUAAGGGUGACAUUUCACUCCCCAAAGGAAAAACUGAAGGCCCUGAGAUGAAGGGGGAUACAUUUAAAAUGCCACAAUUUGAUAUUUCAUUGCCAAAAGUGAAUCUCCCAGAGGGUGAUGUCAAAUUAAAAGGCCCAGACAUCAAGGGAGGGAAGAUUGAGAUGCCAGACAUUGAUAUUUCACUCCCCAAAGGGAAAGCAGGAGGAGACAUUGAAAUUGAAGGACAUGCUGGCAAGGGAGGCAAGUUCCAGUUGCCCUCUGUUGACAUCUCUUUACCUAAAAUGAAAGCUAAGGGACCAGAGAUAAAUAUUGAAAGCCCUGAAGUUAAAGGUGGAAAGCUUAACAUGCCAUCACUUGAUGUUUCUCUCCCCAAAAUAAAAUCUCCCGAUGUUGAUAUCAGCCUUGAAGGUCCUGAUUUUAAAGGAGGAAAGGUCAACAUCCCGACAGUUGACAUUUCACUUCCUAAAGGAAAAUUUGAGGGUGACAUAAAUGUUGAAGGCCCUGAGUUGAAAGGAGGAAAAUUCAAAAUGCCCAAAUUUGAUGUAUCUGUACCAAAAGUCAGUCUCCCAAAGAUUGAUGCCAAUGUUGAAGGGCCAGAUAUGAAAGGAAAAAUUGAAAUGCCAACUGUUGAUAUUUCACUUCCUAAAGGAAAAGCAGAUGUAGAAAUUGACAUUGAUGGGCAUGGUGGUAAAGGAGGCAAGUUUCACAUGCCCUCACUUGACAUCUCUCUUCCCAAAAUCAAAACAAAGGGAGUUGAUGUUGAUGUUCAAGGACCUGAACUCAAAGCUGAAAUGUCACUCCCUAAAAUUAAGUCUCCAGAGGUAGAUAUCAGCCUUGAGGGUCCUGAUAUUAAAGGGGGAAAGUUUAACUUGCCAACUGUUGACAUUUCACUCCCCAAAGGAAAACUUGAGGGAGACCUUGAUGUUGAGGGUCCUGAGUUGAAGGGUGGUACAUUUAAAAUGCCAAAGUUUGAUGUGUCUUUACCAAAAGUAAGCCUCCCCGAGGGUGAUGUCAGAUUUAAAGGACCGGACUUCAAGGGAGGGAAGAUUGAAAUGCCGGAUAUUGACCUGUCACUCCCUAAAGGAAAAGCAGGAGGAGAAAUUGACAUUGAAGGACAGUCUGGAAAAGGAGGAAAGUUCAAUUUGCCCUCUCUUAAUAUUGGUAUUCCUAAAAUGAAAGCUAAGGGACCAGAAGUCAACAUAGAAGGUCCUGAACUUAAAGGAGCAAAAAUACACAUGCCAGAUAUUGACCUUUCACUCCCCAAAGGAGAGGCUGACCUCUCUAUUGAGGGUCCUGAAGUAAAAGGAGGCAAAUUCAAAAUGCCCAAGUUUGACGUUUCACUUCCAAAGAUGAACCUUCCAGAGAGCAAUGUCAAAGUGGAAGGACCUGAAAUGAAGGGAGGAGAAAUUAAAAUGCCAGCUGUUGACAUUUCAGUUCUGGUGGGAAAAGUGGAGGGUGACAUCAAUAUUAAAGGACCAUCUGGAAAGGGAAAGUUUGAAGGGCCAAAGGUUGACGUCUCCAGUAAAAAAGGUGGUGGGCUCCACAUGCCAACUCUUGACAUAGAUCUCCCUAAAUUUGAUCUUGACCUGAGCCUUCCCUCAGGUCUGAAAGACAAAAGCCUCAAAGUGGACACCAGUGGUCCUCGAGCAUCAGGAGAUUUGAAGAUGUCUGGUCUCAAAGGAGAUAUUGAGCCACCCAAGGUGACAAUUAAGCAUGGAGACAUCGAGAAACAUGGUGUAGAAGUUCCAGGUGCAUCCCUCAAACUUCCCACUGUCAAAUUACCGACAGUAGACAUCUCAGCUCCAAAGGUGGACCUAGACUUUGGCAUCACCAAACCUAAAGGUGAUGAUGUGGAAAUUGAGCUUUUGAAAGCAGAGGGAGGAAGGCCUUCUUCAGAGGGAAGCUUUGAUCUACCUGAUGUCUCCCUCAAAGUCCCCAGUUUCACUCUUCCCAGGUUUGGUGGAAAGACCAAGAGUGGUGAUUGGGCAAUAUCUGGCCCUAAGGAGGAUGCUUCCCUCAGUCCACCACAUGUGGAAGGAGAAAUAAGGGCACCAUCAGUAGAGUUUGAUGGGGAUGGAAAAGUCAAGGUAAAAAAAACUAAAAUCAAAUUCCCCUCAUUUGGUAUAUCCAAAAAGCACACAGAUGUAUCUGUGUCUUGUCCUGAUGUGGAUGUUAAAGCAAAAAAGGGGAAAAUUGGUAUUUCUAAACCGGAAAUCAAAGUUGAGAGCCCAGAUGAUAAAUCAAAAUACAAACUCAAAUUCCCCAAGUUUAAAAUGUCAUCACCAAAAGGUCAACUCCCAGAGGGAGAGGUCAAGGCUGAAAUGGAGGCAGAUGUGGAAGGAAAAAGUGGCUUCCAUGCACCUGACGUCACUCUCAAACUACCAAGGUUCUCCAUGCCAGGAUUUGGCUCUAAAGAAACUACUGAUAAGCCAAGUGGUCACCUUGAGUCUAAGGCCAAGGUAAAGAUGCCCUCUGUCGAGCUGUCACUACCAGCAGCUACAACACCAGAGACUGAGGUUCUUCUCCCCAAAGCAGAGGUUGAUGUCUCGGAGGCUGAUAUCAGAGGUUAUGAGGGAAACCUCAGAAUACCCAAAAUGCCAACAAUUGAUGUUUCCAUUCCCAAAAUAGACCUGGAUGUGUCCCUGCCAAAGAUAAAGUCCCCAAAGAUUGAAGGACCAGAAGUGGAACUAAAAGGAGGUGAAGGAAAAUUCAAAAUGCCUCACAUGAAAGUACCAGAUAUUGACAUCUCUCUGCCAAAAGGAAAGAUCGAAGGUCCGGAUGUUGACAUCUCUCUACCCAAAGGAAAUAUCAAAGGUCCAGAUGUUGAAAUAGAGGGAGGUACUGGAGGAAAAUUCAAAAUGCCUCAAAUAAAAAUGCCAAACAUCGACAUCUCUUUGCCCAAAGGAAAGAUUGAAGGUCCAGACAUCAAAAUGCCACAUGUCAGCAUGCCCUCUCUUGAUAUUUCACUUCCCAAAGGAAAGAUCGAAGGUCCGGAUGUUGACAUCUCUCUGCCAAAAGGAAAGAUCGAAGGUCCGGAUGUUGACAUCUCUCUGCCCAAAGGAAAGAUCGAUGGUCCAGGCAUUGAAAUGGAGGGAGGUACCGGAGGAAAAUUCAAAAUGCCUCACAUGAAAAUGCCCAACAUCGACAUCUCUCUGCCCAAAGGAAAGAUCGAAAGUCCAGACAUCAAGAUGCCACAUGUCACCAUGCCCUCUGUUGAUAUUUCACUUCCCAAAGGAAAGAUCGAAGGUCCAGAUGUUGACAUCUCUCUGCCCAAAGGAAGGUUCGAAGGUCCUGAUGUUGAAAUGGAAGGAGGUACUGGAGGAAAAUUCAAAAUGCCUCACAUGAAAAUGCCCAACUUUGACAUCUCUCUGCCCAAAGGAAAGGUGGAAGGUCCGGACAUCAAGAUGCCACAUCUCAGCAUGCCCUCUGUUGAUAUUUCACUUCCCAAAGGAAAGAUCGAAGGUCCAGAUGUUGAAAUGGAGGGAGGUGCCGGAGGAAAGUUCAAAAUGCCUCACAUGAAAAUGCCAGAUAUUGACAUCUCUCUGCCCAAAGGAAAGAUUGAAGUUCCAGACGUUGAAAUGGAAGGAGGAACCGGAGGAAAAUUCAAAAUGCCUCACAUGAAAAUGCCCAACAUCGACAUCUCUCUGCCAAAAGGAAAGAUCAAAGGUCCAGAUGUUGACAUUUCUCUGCCCAAAGGAAAGAUUGAAGAUCCGGAUGUUGACAUUUCCCUGCCCAAAGGAAAGAUCGAAGUUCCAGAUGUUGAAAUUGAGGGAGGUACUGGGGGAAAAUUCAAAAUGCCUCACAUGAAAAUGCCAGACUUUGACAUAUCUCUGCCCAAAGGAAAGAUUGAGGGUCCGGACAUCAAGAUGCCAAAUGUCAGCAUGCCCUCGGUUGAUAUUUCACUUCCCAAAGGAAAGAUUGCAGGUCCAGACGUUGAAAUGGAAGGAGGAACCGGAGGAAAAUUCAAAAUGCCUCACAUGAAAAUGCCCAACAUCGACAUCUCUCUGCCAAAAGGAAAGAUCAAAGGUCCAAAUGUUGACAUUUCUCUGCCCAAAGGAAAGAUCGAAGGUCCGGAUGUUGACAUUUCCCUGCCCAAAGGAAAGAUCGAAGUUCCAGAUGUUGAAAUUGAGGGAGGUACUGGGGGAAAAUUCAAAAUGCCUCACAUGAAAAUGCCAGACUUUGACAUAUCUCUGCCCAAAGGAAAGAUUGAGGGCCCAGACAUCAAGAUGCCACAUGUCAGCAUGCCCUCGGUUGAUAUUUCACUUCCCAAAGGAAAGAUCGAAGGUCCAGAUGUUGAAAUGGAGGGAGGUACUGGAGGAAGGUUUAAAAUGCCUCACAUGAAAAUGCCAGAUGUUGGUAUCUCUCUGCCCAAAGGAAAGAUCAAAGGUCCAGAGGUUGACAUCUCUCUGCCCAAAGGAAAGAUUGAAGGUCCAGAUGUUGACAUAUCCCUGCCCAAAGGAAAGAUCGAAGGUCCAGACAUUGAAAUGGAGGGAGGAACUGGAGGAAAAUUCAAAAUGCCUCACAUGAAAAUGCCAGACUUUGACAUCUCUCUGCCCAAAGGAAAGAUUGAGGGUCCAGACAUCAAGAUGCCACAUGUCACCAUGCCCUCUGUUGAUAUUUCACUUCCCAAAGGAAAGAUCGAAGGUCCAGAUGUUGAAAUGAAGGGAGGUCCUGGAGGAAGGUUCAAAAUGCCUCACAUGAAAAUGCCCAACAUUGACUUUUCUCUGCCUAAAGGCAAGAUCAAAGGUCCAGAUGUUGACAUCUCUCUUCCCAAAGGAAAGAUUGAGGGUCCGGAUGUUGACAUAUCCCUGCCCAAAGGAAAGAUUGAAGGUCCAGAGGUUGAAAUGGAGGGAGGUACCGGAGGAAGGUUCAAAAUGCCUCACAUGAAAAUGCCAGAUGUUGGCAUCUCUCUGCCCAAAGGAAAGAUCAAAGGUCCAGAUUUUGACAUCUCUCUUCCCAAAGGAAAGAUUGAAGGUCCAGAUGUUGACAUAUCCCUGCCCAAAGGAAAGAUUGAAGGACCAGACAUUGAAAUGGAGGGAGGAACUGGAGGAAAAUUCAAAAUGCCUCACAUGAAAAUGCCAGACUUUGACAUCUCUCUGCCCAAAGGAAAGAUUGAGGGUCCAGACAUCAAGAUGCCACAUGUCAGCAUGCCCUCUGUUGAUAUUUCACUUCCCAAAGGAAAGAUCGAAGGUCCAGAUGUUGAAAUGGAGGGAGGUCCUGGAGGAAGGUUCAAAAUGCCUCACAUGGAAAUGCCCAACAUUGACUUUUCUCUGCCUAAAGGCAAGAUCAAAGGUCCAGAUGUUGACAUCUCUCUUCCCAAAGGAAAGAUUGAGGGUCCGGAUGUUGACAUAUCCCUGCCCAAAGGAAAGAUUGAAGGUCCAGAGGUUGAAAUGGAGGGAGGUACCGGAGGAAGGUUCAAAAUGCCUCACAUGAAAAUGCCAGAUGUUGGCAUCUCUCUGCCCAAAGGAAAGAUCAAAGGUCCAGAUUUUGACAUCUCUCUUCCCAAAGGAAAGAUUGAAGGUCCAGAUGUUGACAUAUCCCUGCCCAAAGGAAAGAUUGAAGGACCAGACAUUGAAAUGGAGGGAGGAACUGGAGGAAAAUUCAAAAUGCCUCACAUGAAAAUGCCAGACUUUGACAUCUCUCUGCCCAAAGGAAAGAUUGAGGGUCCAGACAUCAAGAUGCCACAUGUCAGCAUGCCCUCUGUUGAUUUUUCACUUCCCAAAGGAAAGAUUGAAGGUCCAGAGGUUGAAAUGGAGGGAGGUACCGGAGGAAGGUUCAAAAUGCCUCACAUGAAAAUGCCAGAUGUUGGCAUCUCUCUGCCCAAAGGAAAGAUCAAAGGUCCAGAUGUUGACAUCUCUUUUCCCAAAGGAAAGAUUGAAGGUCCGGAUGUUGACAUAUCCAUGCCCAAAGGAAAGAUCGAAGGUCCAGAGGUUGAAAUGAAGGGAGGUACUGGAGGAAAAUUCAAAAUGCCUCACAUGAAAAUGCCAGACUUUGACAUCUCUCUGCCCAAAGGAAAGAUCGAAGGUCCAGACGUUGAGAUGGAGGGAGGUACCGGAGGAAGGUUCAAAAUGCCUCACAUGAAAAUGCCAGAUGUUGGCAUCUCUCUGCCCAAAGGAAAGAUCAAAGGUCCAGAUGUUGACAUCUCUCUGCCCAAAGGAAAGAUUGAAGGUCCGGAUGUUGACAUAUCCCUGCCCAAAGGAAAGAUCGAAGGUCCAGACAUUGAAAUGGAGGGAGGUACUGGAGGAAAAUUCAAAAUGCCUCACAUUAAAAUGCCCGACAUUGACAUUUCGCUGCCCAAAGGAAAGCUUGAGGGCCCAGACAUCAAGAUGCCACAUGUCAGCAUGCCCUCUAUUGAUAUUUCACUUCCCAAAGGAAAGAUUGAAGGUCCAGAUGUUGAAAUGGAGGGAGGUACUGGAGGAAAAUUCAAAAUGCCUCACAUGAAAAUGCCAGAUGUUGGCAUCUCUCUGCCGAAAGGAAAGAUCAAAGGUCCAGAUGUUGACAUCUCUCUGCCCAAAGGAAAGAUCGAAGGUCCAGAUGUUGACAUCUCUCUUCCCAAAGGAAAGAUCGAUGGACCAGACAUUGAAAUGGAGGGAGGAAUUGGAGGAAAAUUCAAAAUGCCUCACAUGAAAAUGCCAGACUUUGACAUCUCACUGCCCAAAGGAAAGAUUGAGGGUCCGGACAUCAAGAUGCCACAUGUCAGCAUGCCCUCUGUUGAUAUUUCACUUCCCAAAGGAAAGAUCGAAGGUCCAGAUGUUGAAAUGGAGGGAGGUACCGGAGGAAGGUUCAAAAUGCCUCACAUGAAAAUGCCAGAUGUUGGCAUCUCUCUGCCCAAAGGAAAGAUCAAAGGUCCAGAUGUUGACAUCUCUCUUCCCAAAGGAAAGAUUGAAGGUCCAGAUGUUGACAUAUCUCUGCCCAAGGGAAAGAUCGAAGGUCCAGAGGUUGAAAUGAAGGGAGGUACUGGAGGAAAAUUCAAAAUGCCUCACAUGAAAAGGCCAGACUUUGACAUCUCUCUGCCCAAAGGAAAGAUUGAGGGUCCGGACAUCAAGAUGCCACAUGUCAGCAUGCCCUCUGUUGAUAUUUCUCUUCACAAAGGAAAGAUCGAAGGUCCAGACGUUGAGAUGGAGGGAGGUACCGGAGGAAGAUUCAAAAUGCCUCACAUGAAAAUGCCUGAUGUUGGCAUUUCUCUGCCCAAAGGAAAGAUCAAAGGUCCAGAUGUUGACAUCUCUCUUCCAAAAGGAAAAAUUGAAGGUCCGGAUGUUGACAUAUCUCUGCCCAAAGGAAAGAUCGAAGGACCAGACAUUGAAAUGGAGGGAGGAACUGGAGGAAAAUUCAAAAUGCCUCACAUGAAAAUGCCAGACUUUGACAUCUCUCUGCCCAAAGGAAAGAUUGAGGGUCCGGACAUCAAGAUGCCACAUGUCAGCAUGCCCUCUGUUGAUAUUUCACUUCCCAAAGGAAAGAUCGAAGGUCCAGACGUUGAGAUGGAGGGAGGUACCGGAGGAAGGUUCAAAAUGCCUCACAUGAAAAUGCCUGAUGUUGGCAUUUCUCUGCCCAAAGGAAAGAUCAAAGGUCCAGAUGUUGACAUCUCUCUUCCCAAAGGAAAGAUUGAAGGUCCGGAUGUUGACAUAUCCCUGCCCAAAGGAAAGAUCGAAGGACCAGACAUUGAAAUGGAGGGAGGAACUGGAGGAAAAUUCAAAAUGCCUCACAUGAAAAUGCCAGACUUUGACAUCUCUCUGCCCAAAGGAAAGAUUGAGGGUCCGGACAUCAAGAUGCCACAUGUCAGCAUGCCCUCUGUUGAUAUUUCACUUCCCAAAGGAAAGCUCGAAAGUCCAGAUGUUGAAAUGGAGGGAGGUACCGGAGGAAGGUUCAAAAUGCCUCACAUGAAAAUGCCAGAUGUUGGCAUCUCUCUGCCCAAAGGAAAGAUCAAAGGUCCAGAUUUUGACAUCUCUCUGCCCAAAGGAAAGAUUGAAGGUCCGGAUGUUGACAUAUCGCUGCCCAAAGGAAAGAUCGAUGGUCCAGAUGUUGAAUUGGAGGGAGGUACUGGAGGAAAAUUCAAAAUGCCUCACAUGAAAAUGCCCAACAUUGACAUUUCUCUGCCCAAAGGAAAAAUCGAAGGUCCAGACAUUAAGAUGCCACAUGUCAGCAUGCCCUCUGUUGAUAUUUCACUUCCCAAAGGAAAGAUCGAAGGUCCAGAUGUUGAAAUGGAGGGAGGUCCCGGAGGAAGGUUUAAAAUGCCUCACAUGAAAAUGCCAGAUGUUGGCAUCUCUCUUCCCAAGGGAAAGAUUAAAAGUCCAGAUGUUGACAUCUCUCUUCCCAAAGGAAAGAUUGAAGGUCCGAAUGUUGACAUAUCUCUGCCCAAAGCAAAGAUCGAAGGACCAGACAUUGAAAUGGAGGGAGGAACUGGAGGAAAAUUCAAAAUGCCUCACAUGAAAAUGCCAGACUUUGACAUCUCUCUGCCCAAAGGAAAGAUUGAGGGUCCGGACAUCAAGAUGCCACAUGUCAGCAUGCCCUCUGUUGAUAUUUCACUUCCCAAAGGCAAGAUCGAAGGUCCAGAUGUUGAAAUGGAGGGAGGUACUGGAGGAAGGUUUAAAAUGCCUCACAUGAAAAUGCCAGAUGUUGGCAUAUCUCUUCCCAAGGGAAAGAUUAAAGGUCCAGAUGUUGACAUCUCUCUUCCCAAAGGAAAGAUUGAAGGUCCGGAUGUUGACAUCUCUCUGCCCAAAGGAAAGAUCGAAGGUCCAGAUGUUGAAUUGGAGGGAGGUACUGGAGGAAAAUUCAAAAUGCCUCACAUGAAAAUGCCCAACAUUGACAUCUCUCUGCCCAAAGGAAAGCUUGAGGGUCCAGACAUCAAGAUGCCACAUGUCAGCAUGCCCUUUGUUGAUAUUUCACUUCCCAAAGGAAAGAUCGAAGGUCCAGACGUUGAAAUGGAGGGGGGUACCAGAGGGAAAUUCCAAAUGCCUCACAUGAAAAUGCCCAACGUUGACAUCUCCCUGCCCAAAGGAAAGAUCGUGGGUCCUGAAAUGGAGAUCGAAGGUGAAGGUAGAAAUAUUGAAGGUCCAGAUCUAGAAAUGGAGGCCAGCGCCGAAGGAAAGUUCAAAAUGCCUCAUUGGAAAAUGCCAGAUUUUGACAUUUCUCUGCCUAAAGGAAAAUUUGACAGCCCUGAUGUUGACAUAUCUCUACCUAAAGGAAAAUAUGGCAAAAUUGAAGGAGAUUUUGAGAUUGAGGGAGGCAAAUCUAAAAUGCCACACAUGACAAUGCCCUCAGUAGACAUUUCACUGCCAACAGGAAAGACUGAAGGUCCUAAUGUUGAAAUUAAGGGUGAGGGAGGAAAGUUCAAGAUGCCGAAAGUAGACUUAUCUCUUCCUAAAGGAAAACCUUCAAUGGAAGGUCCAGGGGCAGAGAUAAAGGGAGAUGGGGGACAGUUCAAGAUGCCUAAUGUGGGCAUAUCUUUCCCCAAAGGGAAGGCAAAUAUUGACAUACCAGAGGAGAAAGUGGAGGCAGAGGGAGGAACCAUCAAGCUGCCACAUAUCAAAAUGCCUAAAAUUGAUAUUUCACUUCCACAAGUCACAUCACCAGAUCUGGAUGUCGAUGUGACACUUGGUAAACCUAAACCAGACACAGGCGCUCAUGGGGAAGCCGAUGUGUAUGCUGAGGGAGAGCACAAAGGUCUUAAACUUAAGAUGCCAACAAUAGAUAUCAAAGGUCCAAAAGGAGACAUCGAGCUUGAUAUGGGACUUUAUAAAGGGGAGGGCAAGAAGGACAGGAAAAAAGUUGAACUCCCUGACUUGGAUCUCAACACCAGCAGCAAAUUAAAGGGGCCUAAAGUCAAAGGAACAAAAUUCAAGAUUGGAAUGCCAAAGAAGAAAACUGGCAAAAAUGUAACAGCAGAAGCAAAAAUAUGCAAAAACUGUGGUGAUGAACAGUUAGGUAGUGACGUCGAACACAGAUGCAAGGGUAAAGAGAGAUUUGAGUACCAAGUUGAAGUGGAAACCCACAACGGACAUAAAGAGAACAAGGGUCAUAUUAACAUCCCAGUGUCAGAGGUUACAUUGCCAAGUGUAAGUCUGAAAACAAAACCAGGUUCAGCCGCCUUGGAAACAGAUGUUCCGUCAUCCAAAGCAGAAAUAAAAGUUCCCAGGAUUCCAGACAUAGACUUUGAUAUUGGUACAUCACGAGAUGAAGAUGAGGACAAAACAGAAAAAGGCAAGAAAAUAAAAAUCCCCAAGUUUGGUGUCCCAUUACCCUCCAUCUCCUCCCCCGAGGGAAGAAUGGAUAUCUAUGGGCCAGAAAUUCAGUAUGAAGGCCCAAAAAUGCCAAAAGUAAAGAAAGCUGUCUUUGUCUUGGUAAAUCCUCCCCAAACAAGUGAGUCUGCUGCUUGCUCAGCCCACUUAGAACAGGAGACAACAACAGAGGCUGAAAAAGCGGAUGUCAAAGUGAAGAUGCCCAAAAUCAAAAUGAAGCCAAGCUCUGGGACAUCGAAGGAUAAAUCAGCUGCCAUGUCACUUUCUCCCGGUAAAUCAGGGUUGUUUGAUGUCAGUCUAAAGGGCGAAGGUUCAAGUUCGGGUUUCAACGGUGAAAAAGAUGCAAGUCCUCAGAAGGGCUCCAAGGAUGCUAAAGGGACAUUCAGUGGAAAGGUAAAACUUCCAAAAGUGGAGUUAACCUCUCCAUAUGGCACGAUGGCUGCAGAGGGGGAGGACAGUGAAAUGAGGAUGAAACUAAUAAAGGAUUCAUCCCCACUAGAAGUAGGGGGAGACACUAAAGGCUUCAAAGUGAAAUCAGGCAAGAUGGCCUUCAGCGAGGAGCUCUCGAAGGCUGUGGUGUCAUCUCAUGCCAGAACAGAAAUGCUGGACAGGGACAGCUCCGAGUCUCCUGCUAGUUAUACCAUGGAGUUCAGCUCCACAAAGAUCCAGACUCGCAGCGAGGUUGAAAGCCAAAGCACGGAGUCUGAAGAAAGAGAGUCUUCCUCCUGGUUCAAGGUCCCUAAGUUCACCCUGAAGCCACACUCCACAGGCUUCCUCCAGAUAACCCCGGAGGCUUCUCCUCAGGCCCAGCGGAAGGGGGAGGUGGCAGGAGAGGCCGACAUCUCUGGCUCUUUCUGCCUCCACACGUCGGGGCUCGACCUCGCCACCCAGGAAAUGUCCGAGGAGCAGCAAGUCUCCUCCACCGAGGAGGGAACUGUCACCAUGGUAACGAAGACCACUAGGAUCACCCGGCACAUGGUUACCACUGAAACGCGAACAGGUGAAUCUUCGACAACCACUUCGACAACAACUCAACAGGUGUCGGACUUCUAAGGAUGCUGUAAUAAUAUCUUAAAUGUCUUCUUUUUUUCUUUUUUUUUUGUUGUGUUUUCUCUGGUGAGGUUGCAGUGUUCUUGUAUGCUAAGCCUGCAACAUGACAAACCUCAAUUAAGCAAAAGUUUUCAUAUUUUAAUAGGUGAGGUAUCAAUGUGAUGCAAAACAGUGACAUUUCAUCAAUCAGCAUCAUUGUCAUUAUCAAAGCAACAGAGUAAUAUAUGCUUCCCUUUUUUUUUUCAUUUUAAAUGUGACUUUUUUUGUUACUGUUUUUUGAGUUUUGUUAGUUUAGUCCUAAUUAUUUAUCGGAUUUUGUUUGGUUUUAAAGUUUUCACUCUAAAUGUAAACACAUUGUCACAUUGCUUUAUUAUUUAUUGUUGUUUGUGUGUUCAAAAUGUGCUGUAAUGAGAUAUUUACUCACAUCAGCAUCAUGGAUUUGACCAUGACUCGUUCAAAAUAAUUCAUUUUGAACUUCUACAGUUCAGGCCAGAGAAAUAUUCAUGUAAAUACAACUAUAUCAUUGCUUUUUUGAAGCAGUAUCCCUUUCAAUCCAAAAUGUAAUUAUUUUCAUAUUUACCAGUCAGGAGUAGAAAUGACAUUUUUUGACCUGAUAAUCUAUAUUGUUUGUCUUGAAGGAAAAGUGUGAGCUUUUUGAGAUUAUAGGCUAUUCUCAUUUUCUGCCAUAGUUUUAUAUUUGAAGCAUUUAGCUGGUGCUGUUACUCAGAGAUAGUCACAGUGAGUGAGCUCUGGACUCUUUUUCUGCUGUUGGGAUCAAACCUUUUAACCUUCUGGUUACUGGUUGCUCCUGAACAUUUACUGUAGGCCACCCUGCUGCUAAUCUAUUUUAUAUUUAUGUGUUUAUCGUGCACUGCCAGAAAAAUACACCACUGUAUAUUUUGUGAUUGAAGCUUUAGCUUCAAGAUACACCUCCUGAUUGAUGCUGAUUUUUCAGAAACUCAUCUGUGAAAUGUGAGUUUAAAAGAAAAAGACCGAGCUGGGAGGAAAUUUGGGGAUUUCAGCAGCUGAUUUGAUCAUUGUCAGACUUUUGAAUCGGAGUUUAUCAGCGCUUAUCAUCCCAUAAGUAUUAGCAAGUACCUCCUGUACCUUCUAGUAGGUAGAGCAGAUCCUUAUCAGCUCAUUUCAUGGGCUGCUAUAUUAAACCUUAGGAAUUAUGUAGGCGGAAGUGACGUUACUGAGUGUGAAAACCAAAGGGAAAGUAAGGGAAUAUAGUUUAAAGUAUGAAAAGGCCUUAGUAUACCUUAAUAUUUCUACUAAGUCUUUAGUAGUUUUUUUGUUGUCAGUUUCAAAACAACUUCCCAAAAGGGUUUUCUAAAAAUGGCUGUAUUAAUAAUUUAAAUAUUUGCUUAUGUAAGAAAUAGAGACAUGAAAUAAAAACAUUUGAAAACGAUCACCCUUUGGCUUUAACUGUAGCAUUGCUUUACCUUUUUUCCCUACAUUUUUUCCCCCUAAAAAUCUAUAAACAACAUUUUUUUAAAAUCAGCACUUUGGUGCAUCACGUUUUUACGUAAAUACGUCACUUUUGUCACAGUUCGCCGUCCUCCUGACUACUUAACCAUUGGCAUUUAAGUGCAUUUAUUUAACUUUUUAAACCAUCUUUUAUAAUGCCUGAUCAUUCACUUUUCAGCCCUAACCUCAGAGAAGUUUUUUUUUUCCGGCUUACCUGAAUGGAACUCAAAGUUAAAUGCACCAGUGAAUGGGCUGAUAACAACCUACUUGACCUACUAGAAGGUGGAAUAUGGUCCUACUUGCCCAUACAGUGUAAAAAAAAUGUUUGUAGAAAUUACAGUAAAACACUGUCAAAUUGCAUGAGAAAUAGGGCGUAAAACUGAAAAACUGAAAAAUUGCAUAUCACCGUAGUAGUACUGUAAAUCAAGGAACAGUACAAAACUCUGCAGAAACUGUAGAAAACACACAGUUUUACCAUAAAAAUAUAACAUUUUCAUGUAAAAUUAAUGGAGAAAUACCUUUAUUGUCACAAGGACACAUUUACCCUAAAAAAUAAAGGGACUUUUCAGUCUAAAUUACAGUUUUUGCUGAUAUUUACAUUUAAAUAUACAGUAGAAAACCCACUCACUUCAAUUUUUACGCUGAAGUUGUGGCAACCACAGCUGGCUUUUUUUUUUUAUCGUAAAUUCAACUUUUUUUUUUUUUGCAGUGUACUUAUGGGGUGAUAAGCGCUCAUAUACGGCCAUUCAGUGGCGUGAUAAUGUUCCAAUCGGGGGAUUCGGGGGUGCUGUUGGUCCCUUUGACAAAAUCAGUGAGAGGAGUUUUAAAGGUGAACCUGUAAAUCUUUUCUCUCGACACUUAAAAAAACAGCCCUCUAAAACGAUGUUACUAUCAGGCUGCUACAGUGACAGACCGGCUGAAGAGUGGCGAGCCUCGAUGUUGUACAAAAGCCAUCACGUAGCAAGGACCAAGGCACAAAAUGUAUUUAUUAAUCUGACAUUCAGCCUUCUGUUUUUUGUAUGAAUAUGUUGAAGAUAUUACAGAAUGCCAGAUUAAUAAAAGCAUUUUCAUUAUGUGCCUUUACUAGGGGUGCACCAAUUGCAAUUUUCUGGCCGAUCACCGAUUUUUAACCCUUAAUAGAACACUCAUUGAAAUACUUGCAAAUUCCAAAAUUCAACCCUAGAGAAUAUUGGAGGAUAUUACAUACUGCCAGAAUGUGGAAGUGGAAUUUGUAAAAAAAAAACAUAUGGACCCGGGGAGGGGGGUCAUAUUUUGAGGAAAAAAGUUUACGAGAUUAAAGUGGCAAAUCUACGAGAAAAAGAUGCGCAGAUUUAUGAGAUUUAAAGUGGUGAAUCUGCGAGAAAAAAAGUUGCUUUUUCCCCCACCUUUUUUCUCGUAAAUCAGACUUUUUUCGCGUAGAUUCACCGAUUUUUAAUAAGUCUGACCUGCCGAUUCCGAUUUUGGCCAAUAUCGAUUUUUUUAUAACUCACAGCUGAACCUUCAAUGUUUGAAUCUUAUUUUAUUGAAAAACAAUAACACAGCAGUAUUUUUCUUUAACAAAUAAAGGAAAUCACAAUGUCUGAGGUAGUUAAUAAAAUAUUGAACUUAAAAUAAAUAGCAACAAUUUACAGGACAAACUAACAAAAUAACUGCAACCAUAAAUAAAGUGUCCUGAGUUUUUGGUUUCGUUAUAGUACAACAUACAUACAACACAGUCAUGCAGAAGUACGCGUACGUGCAGAUGCACUUUCAGACUUUUGCAGAGGUAGAUAAGAUCCCUAGAUAAGAUCGGUUUGACGUAAAAGAAUCAGCUGAUCCCGCAAAAUUAAGGAAAUCGGUGCCGAUCGAUUAGCCGGCCGAUCAAUCGGUGCACCCCUAGCCUUUACCCAUUAUUUUUCAAAAGUGUGUCCUCCAUUUAAAGAAUAAAUUGCUUUGAAAUGUAGGCUGUCUUUUAAGUAUUUAUUUUACCAUCUUUACAAUAGGACAUUUAAGUUUCAUUCCGAAAUGCAGUACCUACCAUUUGAGAAAGAAAAAGCUACUGUAAUGUUUCAGGCAUUGAAAUAAAAAAAAACUUUUGAAAACUACUGAAUUUAAACGCCUCUCAUAGCCAUUUAGAUAGACUCAAACCAUCGGAAAUAAUGAGCUACUUUUCAAGAGUAUGUAAAGCAUUUAAGAAUGGACACUUUUUUUUAUUAACUUGGUUUACUUUACUUGGUUGGUAGAUGGAAUGAAAUUGUGUGAGUGCAUGAAGAAAUCCUGACAAAUCCACUCUCACACUUUUCUCAUUAACAGUUUUUAACACUAUGCCUGUUUUUCAGGAGAGAAAUAGAUCAUAGAUUUUUAAAAAGCCGGGACGAGAGUAGUAACAUGUCAAGGUAACACGCACUGAGUAGUAUCUAUGUGUAUUGAGAUUUUUACCUUUCUGGUUUAAUGAAGUCUUCUUUUAGAUUAUAAGGGUUUCAGUGCCAAGUGUUUUUGUCAAAGCUGCAUUGGAGAGAAUGUUGUUUAAAAUGUUACAUCAAUAAAAAUAAUAUUCACACAAAACCCCUUUUAAUGGUAUUUUCCUCAUGUCUUGAUCUUCACAGUGGCUAAAGACUUGUUUUGUGUUUUGAGAGGUUUUCAGAUCACUCUCACCUGUAUACAUCACAGAAAAUACAGCAGGACCAGUCACUGUUGUGUCACUGUAGGCACUGAAACUGCAGAAGAUCCUUAUCAGCUCAUUUCAUGUGCU